GACCCAUAUUUUACAGUCGAAACACACAGAUUGAAGCUUGUCUUGAGCUUAAAUCCUCUACACGGUCUGAUCUCGACCAUGUCGGCAAGACUGCAGCUAUCCCGAGCUCGGUUGCUCCGACCCUCGACUCUAUCGUCAUCGAACCGGAUCCUUCAACCGUCCCAAGCUUUAUUACGUCGCACUAGAUUAUUACCAACCUUAUCAAGCACCACCAAUCUUCACAAUCCUCGCUCGCUAAUACCCUCGCGCAAUUACGCCAAUGGCCGGCCUCAUCCCCCAGGAGGCACGCAUCGGAUGAACCUCGGUGGCGAACCCGAGAAGUCAGCAUUGGAACAAUUCGGUGUCGAUCUUACUGCUAAAGCCAAAGCGGGCAAACUCGACCCCGUCAUCGGGCGAGAUGCUGAGAUUCAUCGCACCAUCCAGGUCCUUUCCAGGCGGACGAAAAAUAACCCUGUGCUCAUCGGAGCCGCAGGCACUGGUAAAACCGCGGUCUUGGAGGGUUUGGCCCAGCGCAUUGUUCAAGGAGAUGUCCCGGAAAGUAUCAAGGACAAGCGUGUUAUCUCCUUGGAUUUGGGUUCCCUCAUCGCAGGUGCCAAAUUCAGAGGUGAUUUCGAGGAACGUUUGAAAUCCGUCCUGAAGGAGGUCGAGGAGGCGCAAGGGGGCGUGAUUCUCUUCAUCGAUGAGUUGCACACUCUGCUGGGACUUGGUAAGGCCGAAGGCAGUAUCGAUGCCAGCAACCUUUUGAAACCAGCACUGUCGAGAGGAGACCUCCAGUGCUGCGGAGCCACCACCCUGAACGAGUACCGCUUGAUCGAGAAAGAUGUGGCCCUUGCCAGACGUUUCCAGCCGAUCCAAGUCGGCGAGCCAUCGGUCGCUGCAACAAUCUCCAUUCUACGCGGUAUCAAGAACAAGUAUGAAGUCCACCAUGGUGUACGGAUCACCGACGGCGCAUUGGUGGCCGCCGCAACGUACAGCAACCGCUAUAUCACCGAUCGUUUCCUGCCAGACAAGGCCAUCGACUUGGUGGAUGAAGCAGCUUCGGCCUUGCGACUGCAGCAGGAAUCGAAGCCGGAUGUGAUCAGAGAAUUGGAUCGCGACAUUACCACCAUUCAGAUUGAAUUGGAAUCUCUCCGCAAAGAAACCGACGUCAGCAGCCGCGAAAGACGCGAGAAGCUACAGGAAGAUUUAAAAGCAAAGCAGGAGGAAGCGGAAAGGCUGACUAAGAUCUGGGAGAAGGAGAAAGCUGAAAUCGAAGAGCUCAAACGCGUCAAGGAAGAGCUAGAGCGAGCACGGUUCGAGUUGGAGCAGGCCCAAAGAGAGGGAAAUUUCGCCAAGGCUGGUGAACUGAGAUAUGCCACUAUUCCCAGUCUUGAAGCCAAACUACCAAAAGAAGGAGAUGAAGCAACAGCCGGCACUUCCUCUAGCCUCAUCCACGACUCAGUCACUGCCGACGAUAUUGGAAAUGUCGUUUCGCGGACAACUGGUAUCCCCGUUAACAAGCUCAUGGCUGGUGAAGUCGAGAAACUCAUCCGCAUGGAGGACACGCUACGUCAGUCAGUGCGUGGUCAGGACGAGGCGCUUUCUGCAGUCGCUAAUGCAGUUCGCAUGCAGCGAGCAGGCCUUAGCGGGGAGAAUCGCCCUCUAGCCUCUUUCAUGUUCCUUGGACCCACCGGCGUUGGAAAGACCGAGCUCUGCAAGAAGAUGGCUGAAUUCCUGUUCUCGACCGAAACCGCCGUUGUACGGUUUGAUAUGAGCGAGUUCCAAGAGAAGCAUACUAUCAGUCGCUUGAUCGGCUCUCCUGCUGGUUAUGUGGGCUACGACGAUGCCGGCCAGCUGACGGAAGCUGUCCGACGCAAGCCGUACGCAGUGCUGCUCUUUGAUGAGUUCGAAAAGGCCCACCGUGACAUUUCCGCUCUUUUGUUGCAGGUCCUCGAUGAGGGCUUCUUGACGGAUGCUCAAGGUCACAAGGUUGACUUCAGGAACACCCUCAUUGUUCUUACUUCGAACCUUGGUGCCCAAAUCCUGGUGGGAGCUGACCCGUCGUACUCUUCCAAGGAUACAGGAAGCGCAGAGCUUUCUCCCGAGGUCAAGAAAUCGGUCAUGGAUGUCGUGCAGUCUGCUUACCCACCAGAAUUCCUCAACCGUAUUGACGAGUUCAUCAUUUUCAAGAGACUGUCCCGCGAAGCUUUGAGAGACAUCGUCGACAUCAGAAUCAAGGAGCUCCAAUCGAGACUUGAUGAUCGACGUAUGGUUCUCAAGGUCGACGAUGAGAUUAAGGACUGGCUCUGUGAGAAGGGUUAUGACCCCAAGUAUGGUGCUCGUCCUCUCAACCGUCUCAUUGCCAAGGAGAUUGGCAACAGACUGGCCGAUAAGAUCAUCCGUGGCGAGGUCACGGCUGGCCAGACUGCCCGCGUAUCUUUCAAUGAAGAAAAGAAUGGGCUAGCCAUUAUUGCGGAGGCUGCUCCUGAAGCAAAAGCUGAAAAUGCUUAAGCAAUGAUUAUCUCUUAACUCAUGUUGAUCAUGAUGUACGGUUCUUGGCGCAAGGUUAGCUGGAUAUCUGACUCGCUGAUCGAUAAUUCACAUGUCUCCUCUUUAAUGUAUUAUAGCAUCAAUGUACUAUAUAACAUGAAUUGAACGUAAAUGCGCUGCAUUU